AUGCCUCUGAGCCCCGCCGGCAGCAAACAUGAGAGCCCGGAGUCGCCGCCACCAGAGCCGCCGCCGCCACCGGAGCGACAGCCCCGCGCCUCCGCCGGGGAGCCGGGCUCCGGCCUGCGGGAGGAGACGCGCCUGGACCCGAUCCGCGGCCCCGCCGGGCCCCGCUCCCCCAAGCUGGCGGCCCCGGCGCGCAUGGAGGAGCCCGCGCCCGGCGCCAUCGUCGUCCGCAUCGGCAUCCCCGACCUCCAGCAGACGAAGUGUCUGCGGUUGAAUCCGGACGUUCCCGUGUGGGCCUCCAAGCAGCGCAUUCUGUGCACCCUCAACCACAGCCUGAAGGAUGUGCUCAACUACGGGCUCUUCCAGCCGGCCUUCAAUGGCAGAGCAGGGAAGUUCCUGGACGAGGAGCGCCUGCUGCGGGAGUACCCCCUGAAUCCCGACACUCCCGUCCCCUACCUGGAGUUCCGGUACAAGCGGCGUGUGUACACCCAGGCUUUACUGGAUGACAAGCAGUUUGCCAAGCUCCAUACCAAGGCAAACCUGAAGAAGUUCAUGGAAUACGUGCAAAUGCUGAACGCGGAGAAAGUCUGCAGGCUGCUGGAGAAAGGACUGGAUCCCAACUUCCACGACCCGGAUACUGGAGAGUGUCCCCUGACGGCGGCGGCUCAGCUGGAGCUCAGCACUGAGAUGAUCAAAGCCCUGCGGAACGGGGGAGCGCAUCUGGACUUCCGCACACGGGAGGGAAUGACGGCGCUUCACAAAGCCGUGCGGUGCCGCAACCACGCGGCGCUGCUGACACUGCUGGAUCUGGGGGCCUCCCCAGACUACAAGGACAGCCGGGGGCUGACACCACUGUACCACAGUGCCAUGGUGGGUGGGGAUCCCUACUGCUGUGAGCUGCUGCUGCACGACUACGCUCGGCUGGGCUGCGUGGAUGAGAAUGGCUGGCAGGAGAUCCACCAGGCUUGUCGCUAUGGCCACGUUCAGCACCUGGAGCAUCUUCUCUUCUACGGCGCCGACAUGACUGCGCAGAACGCCUCAGGAAACACCGCUCUUCACAUCUGUGCUCUCUAUAACCAGGAGAGCUGUGCUCGGGUUCUCCUCUUCCGUGGUGCAAGCAAAGAGAUCCGCAACUACAACAGCCAGACAGCCUUCCAGGUGGCCAUAAUUGCAGGAAAUUUUGAGUUGGCUGAAAUCAUCAAAACCCACAAAGAGUCCGAUGUUGUGCCUUUCAGAGAAACCCCCAGCUACACGAAGCGGAGACGGAUCCUCGGUGCCGGCAGCCUCUCCUCCCCUCGAAUUCUGCAACGCUCGGCCAGCGACAACAACCUGAAGGCAGAGAGCCGGGCGUCUUACUCUCCGGUGCCCUCCCUGCGCAGCCUCCCCCCCCAGCUGCUGGCCCAGAUGCAGGAGGCUGCGGUGGGGGUCGGUGGUGGGGAUGGCAGCCUGGCCAGCUCCAGCAGCGCCCGCAGCGCCCACAGCCGCUCGCCGUCCCUGCAACGUGUGCAGGAGGAGAAGGAGGUCGACCUGCCCACACUCCGGAGGAGCAGCCGCGGCAAGGCCAG